CCACUUCCUGUCCGCUUUCUGCUUCCGGUCUGGAGCCCGCGCUUGCUUUUGCAGCUGGAAUCCUAAGUGUGUGUUCGGGUGAGACCUUAGCACGUUGGCUGUAACGCGGGCAGCAGUGACCAAGAUUCCCUGUGCUUUUUUCCCUAGAGUGUUCCGCCAGUCUGCCGACUCCAUGUCGCGCCUAUCGACCUUACCGCGGGUCUAUGUCGGGCGCCUGAGCCAUCGGGCCCGGGAGAGGGACGUGGAGCGUUUCUUCAAGGGCUUUGGGAAGAUCGUAGAGGUGGAUCUGAAGAACGGGUAUGGCUUUGUGGAGUUUGAAGACAUGCGUGAUGCUGAAGAUGCAGUUUAUGAGAUGAAUGGAAGGGACCUAUGUGGUGAACGGGUCAUUGUAGAACAUGCACGUGCUCCAAGGAGAGAAGCUCGCAGUGGUUAUGGAUACCGCAAAAGUAGCAAUGAGAAGUUUGGGCCUCCAGUUCGAACAAUCUACCGGCUGAGGGUAGAGAACCUUUCCACCCGAUGUAGUUGGCAGGACCUUAAGGAUUUCAUGCGCCAGGCUGGAGAAGUUACUUAUGCGGAUGCACAUCAGCGUCGUCCUAAUGAAGGAAUAAUUGAGUUCCGUACAUAUUCGGACAUGAAGCGGGCGCUAGAUAAACUGGAUGGUUCGCAAGUUAAUGGGAGGAGAAUACGUUUGGUGGAAGAUAGGGCUGGAUCCAGAUACUCUUCUUCACGCAGUCGGUCCAGGUCCCGUUCACGUAGGAGUAGUCCUUCUAGAUCAAGGUCUCGUUCGCGCAGCAGGAGCAGAAGGCACAGUCGGAGAAGCAGGAGUUACAGCAAAGACAGCAGAGAUAGCAGGAGUAAAGAGAAAAAUGGAAGUAAGCAGAGGGAUCACAGCAGCAGUAAAGAGAGAAGUCCAGACCGGGCGCAUAGUGAGAGAGAAAGAAGCCUGAGCAGGGAAAGACGUGAUAGUGAUGGAAGUGUGAGAAAGGAUAGGGACAGAAGUGGCAGCAGACACAGGAGAGUAAGGAGCAGAAGCACGAGCACGGACAGGAAAGAGAAUAGCAGACGAAGCAAGGAAAGAAGAGAAAGGGACAGAAGUCAUAGCAGAGAGAGGAGUAGUAGCAAAAACCGAGAUAGCCGAACAAGGAGGGAAUCUUGUAGCUCAGAAAGGAGCCAUAGCAAUGAAAGUAGAAAGAAUGGUAGGCGUUCAAGUCGUAGUAUUAGCAAAGAGAGAUCUCGGAAACGUAGCAGGGAGAGAAGUGUCAGUGAGGAGCGCUCCAAGAAAAGCAGGAGAGAGGACACAGUGGCGUUUACUACAGAAUCUGACCAGGAACAUGAAAUUGAGGAACAUGAAAUUGAGGAAGGUGAGAUUGACUACCCUAGAUCUGCAACAGCCAAUGUUCCUGCACCAUCGUCUCCUCCAUUGUCUCCUCCAUCGUCUCCCCCACCCUCUCCCCUGCCUGCUGAACCUGUUGCCACACUGGAAAUUGAAGAGGAAGAGGCAUCAGCAGCAGUCAAUUCUCCUUCUGAACAGCAAUCUAUGUCGCCCUCCACCACAGAAGCUUGACUUUUUUUUCCCUGACUUUCGUUUUCUAGAAUGAGCUGCACUUGGCUCUGUUCGUGUUGAAUAUUUUAUAUUUAUUUCAUUUUUUUUAAUUAAUAUAUAUCUUCUGGCCUGUUAGCAACCUACUCAAUAUGUUCUUUAUUACGGAAUGUAAAAGUGCUACAAACUAAAAGUUGUCUAGUCUUAAAGCAGCAGUGCACAAUUGAAGUGGCAUUUUGGGUUAAAAAAAAAAAACAAGGCGUU